AUUUCAUUUUAGCAAUUAGCGGAGUACUCACUGCUCCCUGCAAAACUAUCUUCAGGAAGCUGAAAUUCUUCCAAGUAAAUAUUCAAACAUGGCGGAAACUGAAACCCUAGAUUCCUCUGCUCAUCCACCUCAACUUUCCGACGAGAACCCUACCGGAAACGAAGACCAACAUAUGCUCGACGCCGAUAAAUCCGCUAAGAAUUCGGAUUCCGACUCCGACUCGGACUCCGAUUCAGAAGAUGAUGCACAGCAGAAUACACAAAUUCAAGCUCUAGAAACUGAGCUCUUAAGUAACCCUUCCAAUUACGACACUCAUGUCCAAUACAUAAAAGCUUUAAGGAAGCAAGGAGAUAUCGAGAAACUUAGACAAGCAAGGGAAGCCAUGAGUGCUAUUUUUCCUCUGACUUCAGAGAUGUGGCAGGAGUGGACAAAAGACGAGAUCUCUCUUAGUUCAGGAACUGAUGCUCUCCCUACAAUUGCGAAGCUAUUUGAGUGUGGGGUGUCUGACUAUCUGUCUGUUGCUUUGUGGUGCGACUACUUAAGUUUUGUUCAAGAGCAUGACCAAUCGGUCCGUACAAUUUCUGCAGCUGGAAUUUCAAAGGCAAGAAAUCUGUUUGAGCGUGCCCUUGUUGCUGCUGGUUUGCAUGUCACUGAAGGCAGCAGGAUAUGGGAAUUAUACAGGGAAUUUGAACAAGCUAUUUUCCUCACAAUUGAUGAAACUGACGCAGACUCGAGAGAGAAGCAGGUCCAGCGAAUUAGCAACUUAUUCCAUCGCCAGUUGUCUGUCCCUCUUGCUGAUCAAUGUUCAACUCUUCUCACAUACAAGGCUUGGGAAGCAGAACAGGGAGCCAAUCUUGAUGUAGACUCCAGUAACUUGGAUGGGCUCUCGCCACAUGUUGCCUCAUCAUAUCAAAAGGCCCUCGACAUGAUGAAUGCCAGGACUCACCUUGAAAAUCAAUUAUCUCACAAAGUUGCACCUGAAUCAGAAAGGCUUCAACACUUUAUGGACUACUUAAAGUUUGAGCAAUCAUUGGGAGAUCCAGCAAGGAUACAGAUCUUAUAUGAGCGUGCCAUAGCUGAGUUUCCUAUUUCUAGUGAACUCUGGCUUGAUUAUACUCAUUACAUGGAUAAAACGUUGAAGACCUCCAGUCUUGUUCGGGACAUUUACAAAAGGGCAACAAGGAACUGUCCCUGGGUUGGAGAACUGUGGGUGCGAUACUUGUUGUAUCUUGAACGUGGUCGUGCUUCCGAUGAUGAGCUAUCUGUUGUUUUUGAGAAGUCCCUACAGUGCACUUUCUCAAGCUUUGAAGAGUAUCUUGAUAUAUUUCUCACAAGAGUUGAUGGCUUAAGGCGGAGGUUGUCUUUAUUGACAUCUGGAGCUGAAAGCAGCAACUUAGAUUAUAUAACUAUACGGGAAACUUUUCAGCAUGCAUCAGAUUAUUUGUCUCCACAUCUGAAGAAUACAGAAAGUUUAUUGCGGAUGUACAGAUAUUGGGCCCGCUUAGAAUCAACUCUGGGGAAAGAUCUAGUUGCAGCCCGCGGUGUCUGGGAGAGCCUGCUUAAAAUCAGUGGAUCUGUGCUAGAGGUGUGGCAAGGGUACAUAGCUAUGGAAACUGAGAUGGGUAAUAUUAAUGAAGCUCGAUCUCUCUUUAAGAGAUGCUACAGUAAACGGUUCCCUGGGACUGGCUCAGAGGACAUAUGCAAUUCAUGGAUUCGCUUCGAGAGAGAGUUUGGUGCACUUGACGACUUUGACCUUGCCGUUAAAAAGGUCACCCCUCGCCUUGAAGAGCUGCAGUUAUUCAAACUACAAGAAGCUAAGAGCGUUGGUGUGUCAGCAGAUGAUAGAGAUAAUUCUUUGAGGAAAAAUGUGCGUGAAAAGAGGAAGCCAGUAUCUAAUUUAAUUGAAGAACAAUCACCUACUAAACGUCACAAAGAUAAAGCUAAGAAUGUUAAAAUCACUUCUGAAGGUGGUAAAGGCCUAGCCAAAGACACAGUCAAGGUAAAUAAUACAAAACCAGAUGUGGCUGCCACCAAACCAGCGAGUGGAAGCAAAAAAGAAAACAAAGAUGUCCCUUCUGGAAAACCGCUGCAGUAUAAUGACCAGUGUACUGCAUUUGUAUCUAACCUUAACCUCAAGGCAACCUAUGAUGACCUACGUAGAUUCUUCAGCGAUGGUGGAGUGGUUGCUAUACGAAUAUUAACAGACAAGUUCACUGGCAAGUCUAGGGGAUUGGCUUAUGUGGAUUUCUCGGAUGACAAACACCUGGCUGCAGCAGUGGCAAAAAACAAGCAGACAUUGCUUGGGAAGAGAGUGAGCAUUGCCAAGUCAGAUCCGAAGGGCAGAAAGAAAGGAAAUGCUGCUCACGGCGCCUCUUCGAGACAAGGUGAUGGUGCUGAUCAAACUACUGAGAAUUCACAAUCAGGUGCCAAAGAUUCUGCUGAAGGUUCUGAGGGCAAGGGGCUUCAACCUUCUAGUCACCACCGGGCAUCUAAUAUCCAGCUCCGAGGUAAGAAUACGUUUGCAAUGCCCCGAGCUGUCAGGCCACUUGGUUGGGUUGACAAAGAUAAACCCAAAUCAAAAGAAUGUUAUUCUGUGGAAGAUGAAAACCCUAAAUCCAAUGAUGAAUUUCGAAAAAUGUUCAUCAAAUCUUAACAUAACUUGAAAUAUGAAAAAACACUAGAUAUAGUCUUGUAUGUCGUCAUAGGAUGUUAAACUUCAGUAAACUCUCUCUAUAGAGUUGUGUUAAACCUUUUAUGGGUAUAUUAUGAGAUCUUAAUUUUAUGAUCUGCCAACUAGUUCUAAAUUAACAUUUUUGAAUCUGA